AUGACAUUCUUAUCUCCAGCUCAUCUUCAUAUAUUGAUCCCGGCUUCUCGGCCUGAUAUGAAUUUGUGCAAGAUUCUCCUCAGCGCCUCUGUUUUAGGCUACCCAAGUCCACUCAUUAUAAAUUGGAACCAAGAGUUCAACGACAACUCUCUUGUUGAAGGUAUCUACGAUUAUGUCACUGGCUUGGAUACCUCUCACGAUGAGGACCUCGUACUAAUGCUCGACGGCUACGAUGUAUGGCUGCAACUACGAGCACAGACCCUCCUUGACCGCUACUAUCAUCUCAACAAAAUGGCUGAUACUCGUACACGUGCGGAAAUGGGCUCUGCUGCCAACCAAGCUCGACAGGAAAUCAUAUUUGGAUGUCAGAAACGCUGCUGGCCCUGGACACCGAACGAUCCACCGUGCUAUGCCGUCCCCAAUUCUACGCUUCCAGAAGAUGUCUAUGGCACACGAACGGACACUCCAGCCAGCGACGACAAUCCUUUUAUCAACUAUCGUCCGCGCUUUCUCAAUUCAGGCACAGCUAUUGGGCCUGUCAAAGCUAUGCGUAAAUUGUUUGGACAAGCUCUCAAGCAGGCCCACGAAGAACCAAAUAUUGGCAGUGACCAGUACAUCUUCUCGCAUAUUUUUGGCGACCAGGAGAUAUGGCGAGAAGCGGUCAGACGGGAUGCAGUACUGACCCAGCAGAAAACACGCCCCUAUGCGAAGCAAGGUCAUCGAGGCAGAGUGGACUUCGUUGAAGAGCAUAUCUCGGAAGUCCGCGCCAAAGCUGCUGAACGUGAGGACGGGAAUUUUGAGUUUGGAAUUGGCCUGGACUAUGGUGCUGAGAUUGUGCUAAACACCGUAUUUGCUGAAGAAGACACCGCUUGGUUGGAGUUCUCGAACCAAAGCCAAAUAGCACAAGCUCGUUGGGAGCACCCUGACAUGACCAGAAGGGUCGACCUGUUGGCAGAGGAUAUCUCCGCCACUCUUCCUCCGUUCUGGACAUCCUCGACAGAAGGACUUCCUCUGACCCGGGGAUGGGAGGAUGUAGCUCUACUCACAGACGUUUAUACGGGCAAUACUCCCGUAGUUAUCCACCAUAAUGCUCAUCGUCACGGUCUCAAGUCUCGGCAAGAAUCAUGGUGGCCGUUGAUAUGGUUUUACGAGCACGCACGAACUCUCCUGGACGUUUCUAUAUACAAUCCUGUUACUGCUUUCGCGAUCAGCGGAUACGACAUUCAAUCGAUGAGGCAGUGGUGGCCAUUUGGGAUAUGGAAAGGUGGGGCACACGAUGGGUCGUGGAAGGAGGGAGACGAGAGCGAUGGUUGGCUCAGAUUUGACGACCUCUGUCGUGAUUAUCAUGAGGAGAUAUUUGGUGAUGGUCGUGGUCCAUGGGAGUUGCCUGCAGCACACUGA